AUGAUAACAUCGAAUGUUACAACUUGCAUUCAUCAAGCAUUCAUCGAACAGGCAAUUCUCCAUCCAAAUAAGGUGGCUAUUACACUUGAUGAUCAAUCUCUAACUUACAAUCAAUUACUUAAUCAAGUACGACAGUUAACAUUUGUUCUAAUCAAUGAUAAAGGAGUACAUCCAGGUGAUAUUGUAUGUCAGUAUAUCGAUCGAAGUAUCGAAAUGAUUAUUGGUAUAAUGAGUAUUAUGAUGUCAGGUGCUGUUUAUGCUCCAUUGAAUCCAAGUAAUCCUCUUGAUCGACUUGAGUUACUUGUUCAUCAAGUUGAUACUAAACUCAUACUUGUCAAUCAGAUGUCACUUUCAUGCAUAAGCUCACUCAAUGUUCCCAUUCUCGAUAUCUCUGAAGUAAUUGAAUCCUAUCAUCUUUUGACUGAUGCUCAAAUUGAAGAAUUGUCUAAAGUUGAUGUAACACCUGAUUCUAUCUCCCAUAUUGUGUUCACAUCGGGAUCGACAGGUACUCCAAAAGCUGUUCAAAUUCGUCAUCGAAAUUUCAUGGCCUAUAUGGAAACACAUGUCAUACAAACGAAUGAUAUUGUUCUUCAGUUUACAAGUUCUUCUUUUGAUUCUCAUUUGGAUGAAAUCAAUGGUGCUCUAGUUCGAGGUGCUCAAUUAGUAGCACUCAAAAAUGGAGGUCAUUUCGAUUUUGAUUACGUAACAAAAACUAUUUAUGAUAAGAAAGUCACUUAUAUUGGACCUGUACCAUCAUGGCUCAAUGCUUUAGGCAAAUUUCUUAAUGAGAAUCAUCAUGCUCAACAAAGAGUCAAAUCAGUACGCUGUUGGUAUCUUGGAGGUGAAACACUGCUCAGUUCGACCAUUAUUCAGCUUUUACCAUUUGUUGACGAACAAAGUCGCUUUUUCAAUCUCUAUGGACCUGCUGAAAUCACAGUGGUGGCUACUUGCCAUGAAGUUCGUCGCGAAGAACUCUCCACAACUGUAUCAUUGCCCAUUGGUUAUCCACUAAUUGGUUAUUGCAUUUAUCUUCUUGAUGAAUACCGACAGCCAGUAGUACCUGGUCAACUGGGUGAGAUUAUUAUUGGAGGUGAGCCAUCGGCUUUUUAUUAUGAAUAA